AUGGCCGAGUCAGACUACAGCACGCUGCUACCGAAAAUACUUAUAGAAACGACUGUCAAACAAUGGAUUGCCGACGAUAUCCCUUCAUUUGAUGUCGGCGGUCUCGUUGUUGGCGACGGUACUCGAAAGGCAACUCUCUGGCUAAAAUCUCCCGGUGUUUUUGCAGGAAAACCUUUCUUUGAUUCAGUGUUUGAGCUUUUGGGAUGUGUGGUGGAAUGGAAUUCGGAUGCUGCGAUCGAAGGCAACUUUGUGAAUGCUUCGUCAAACCACAAAAUCAGGCUUGCUGUGGUCACAGGCCCUAUUCACAAGAUCUUGCAAGGCGAACGUACGGCGCUCAACACGUUAUCCCGGUGCUCCGGAGUAGCAUCAGCGUCGUAUGAAGCUGUCCAACUUGCCCGCAAAGCCGGCUGGAAGGGAUGGGUUGCAGGAACGCGGAAAACAACCCCAGGGUUCCGUAUUGUAGAAAAAUAUGGGCUUCUCGUCGGCGGCGCCGCGACACACCGGCUGGAUCUUAGCCAAAUGGUAAUGCUGAAGGAUAAUCAUAUUUGGUCGGCUGGUUCAAUAAGCGCGGCAGUUCAGCGUGCUCGCCAAGCCGCUGGAUUUUCGCAAAAGAUUGAAGUUGAAUGUCAAAAUCUGGAAGAGGCGAUUGAGGCUUCCAAAGCAGGGGCGGAUAUCGUUAUGCUGGACAAUUUUGAACCAGAGAGACUCAAAAUUGAUGCAAAAUCUUUAAAGGAAAAGUUCCCGCAUAUUCUGAUCGAGGCCAGUGGUGGAAUUACUACCGAAACAAUGCACUUGUAUCUGUGUGACUCCGUCGAUAUUGUUUCCCAAGGAAAGCUCACGCAAGGAUAUUCAUGUUUGGAUUAUAGCUUGAAGGUGCAACUGUAA